AUGUCAUUUAAGGUUGUAGGAAAAAUGGCUGAGAAUAAUUUUGAUUCAUUAGAAUUCUCCAUAGAAGAAAUUACAGCGAUUUUGAACGAUUAUGAUAAAAAAAUAUUUUUAAUAUGGAUGAAUAAAGAUUGUUUUUUCGUAUGA